CCUGCUUGCAUACUCAGUUAGAAUCACCGUGUCUCAGACUUUCUCUCUCUCUCUCUAGUUUCCAUAGCACACACACACGCUAAUCAUUCGACGAGGCCGCAAGUGAGUGAGAGAGAAGAAUCACUCACUGAUCCACACACAAACCAGAACAAAACCAAGCACAGACAGCGUGCGCUCUUCUUGUGAUUUGUGUUACAAGCAACCAACCACACUCACACACACCCCUCCAUAAUAAAAAUCACUUCCAUGCUCUCUUCUUCACCCCAACCAAAACAAACAGGUUUGCAUUUGCUUAACUGGAGCCAGAUUCUGUAGCUGAUUUCAUCCCAAUAAAUCUAAUGAUGCUUAAGUAACUAACACUCUUCGAUUGGUUUCUGGGUUAUCUUGAAGAUUUGGUCUUUAAUCGAGUCGAAUUGGAUCUUGUGAUUUACUUAGCCGACUUCACUUAGUGCAGUGGGAUAAGAGUUAAGACAUUUGUUGUUGUAGUAUUUAUUGGUUUUUGGGUGGGUUUAUAAUAUAUUACCAGGGUUAACAUAAGAACAUUUAUUCAUAGUUGAACUUGUGUUGUGCUACUGUUGUGGUUGGUCAGAGAAUGUCUAGGCCUCUGCAAAGAGGUGUGUCAGGUGGGGUUAGGGUCCCUGAGAGUGGCCAUGAUGACUUGUGGGACUCCCAAUCUAAAGAUAAAACGGAAAAGGAAGAUUUGGAUACGAGGGGUUCUUCAGAUCACAGCCCUUUUACUUUGAGGUUUCCUCUGAGGGUUCUUUUGGGAAAUAAUUCUGAUUCAAAAUAUGGCAAUGGCAUAGCUGAGAAUGGUUUUGCUUCUGAUCCCUUCAUGGUUGGCACCCCACGAAGCCGGCUUAAGUUAAUGUUGCUUUCUUUGAAGUUCAGCUUAGUGUUUAUAGUUGUUCUGGCUCUUACUGGAUCUUUUUGGUGGACUUUGUCGAUUUCAUCCUCAUCAAGAGGUCAAAUUUACCAUGGUUAUAGAAGGCUUCAAGAGAAGCUUGUCUCGGACAUUUUGGAUAUCAGUGAGUUUUCGCGCGGUCCUUUGAGGUUGAAGGAGUCUGAAUUCUGUUCUGAGGAGUUUGAAAACUUUGUUCCUUGCUACAAUAUUUCUGAGGAUGUGGAAUUGGGAGUUUCUGAUAACAAUGAAGUGGACCGGCAAUGCAGCCACGAGCUUAGGCAGAAUUGUUUGGUUCUGCCACCGGUGAAUUACAAAAUUCCCUUAAGGUGGCCUACUGGAAAAGAUGUUAUCUGGGUUGCUAAUGUGAAGAUCUCAGCUCAGGAGGUUCUUUCUUCUGGAAGCUUGACAAAGAGGAUGAUGAUGCUGGAUGAAGAACAAAUUUCAUUUCGUUCAGCUUCUCAUAUGUUUGAUGGUAUUGAAGACUACUCACAUCAAAUCGCUGAAAUGAUUGGACUUAGAAAUGAAUCUUACUUCAUACAAGCUGGGGUUCGAACUAUACUAGACAUAGGUUGUGGCUAUGGUAGCUUUGGAGCACACCUCUUCGACAGUCAGCUUUUAACUAUGUGCAUUGCAAACUAUGAACCUUCUGGCAGUCAAGUUCAGCUCACUCUGGAAAGGGGUCUUCCUGCUAUGAUUGCUUCUUUCACUUCAAAGCAGUUGCCAUAUCCAUCUCUAUCCUUUGAUAUGUUACAUUGUGCAAGAUGUGGCAUUGAUUGGGACCAGAAAGAUGGCCUUCUCCUGAUUGAAGCCGAUAGACUUUUAAAACCUGGUGGAUACUUUGUUUGGACAUCACCGCUCACAAAUGCUCGUAACAAAGAAAAUCAGAAAAGGUGGAAGUUUAUGCAAGAUUUUACAUUAACUCUUUGCUGGGAACUGCUGUCACAGCAAGAUGAAACUGUUGUAUGGAAGAAAACUAGUAAAAAAAGUUGCUAUGCAUCAAGAAAGUCUGGUUCUGGCCCUUCUUUGUGUGGUAGAGGUAUUGAUGUGGAGACUCCAUAUUAUCGAGAACUGCAAAACUGCAUAGGUGGAAUACAGAGCAGUCGUUGGGUUCCAAUUGAAAAAAGGGAAAGAUGGCCUUCCCGAGCUAACUUAAACAACAACAACUUGGCAAUCUACGGCUUGCAGCCCGAUGAACUUACCGAGGACUCUGACAGCUGGAAAACAGCAGUCCAGAAUUAUUGGUCACUCAUGUCACCUUUAAUAUUUUCUGAUCAUCCGAAGAGGCCUGGUGAUGAGGACCCUUCGCCUCCUUACAACAUGUUCAGAAAUGUGCUAGACAUGAAUGCUCAUUUUGGUGGCUUUAAUUCUGCAUUGUUGCAGGCUAGAAAGUCUGCGUGGGUGAUGAAUGUGGUCCCAAUAAGUGGACCCAAUUAUCUUCCCUUGAUCCAGGACAGAGGAUUUGUUGGUGUUUUGCAUGAUUGGUGUGAGGCUUUUCCAACGUACCCCAGAACCUAUGACUUGGUGCAUGCUGCAGGACUUCUAUCCCUUGAAACUGAGCAGCACAGAUGCUCCAUGCUUGACCUGUUCAUUGAAAUUGACAGGAUACUUCGCCCAGAGGGUUGGGUAAUAAUUCGCGACACAGUUCCCUUAAUAGAAUCAGCUAGACCUCUAACAGCACAGCUGAAGUGGGAUGCAAGAGUGAUAGAAAUUGAAAGUGACAGUGAUCAGAGACUCCUGAUCUGCCAGAAACCUUUCUUCAAGAGACAGGCAAGCUAAAAAGAAUUGAUGGCCUGAAGAAACUAGACCAUUAUAUACAUAUAUUCAUUUUCCAUAAAGUUCAUUUAUUACCAUAGAGCUCCAAAAGCGGGGGUUGAAAAUUUUGGACAUAAAAAGAAAACAACAUAUAGAGGAAAAAGUGUAUCCUUGUCAAUGAUACCACCACAUCAUCUAUGUAGCCGUAAGGUCUACAUAGGGCCAUGUAAUUACCAAACAAGCCACAGAGCAGAUGAGAAACUAGUAUACUGGUAGGUUAAUUUACUUUUCCAUGUGAUACACAGAAACAAUAUUAAGAUUGGGAACAUGGUGAUAAGUUAUUGUUGUAAAACGCUCCGUGGUUGAUUCCCCCUUGUAGAAUUAUUUUUUCUGCUAUCUUUCUAUAGGUUCUUAGAUGUUUCUUGUAUAAGCUUGGCAAAACUGUACUUUAUAGUUUGUCAAUGUUUAUAAUGUGAAAUCAAAAUCAUAUUAUUCAUCAUUGUGACUAUGACUUCUGGUUGGAUAGUCACUGGUAAAUUGGAACCAGCAGGAGCAAGUUACAUGCCAA